AUGCCACAGCGAAGGUGCAAUGAUCAGAUCUCCAACAACGUUGAGUUGUCUGAUUCCCUCCCAGUCCUUCUAUUGCACGCAAAGGCACGUCCAUUCUCUUUCUGUCUCGACACCCUACACGGCACGAACAACAUUAUAGUCAAGAUGAUUCAGCCCAUGCGACUGUCUCUGGGAAGACGGUCUGCGACUCUGAUUACCGGUAACAUCGGCUGCGACAAGAACUUCAAGCUCGCAGGCGGCCUCGAGAAACAGAAAGACUUUGUGGCCAGCUGGCGCAGACGUGCAGAACAACCCAAAGUGGACAUUUACCCCAUAAACCUGAAGGAAAAUAUGGCGCCCAUGAACAAAAUUCACGCGGAGAGAGAACGAACCGCCCGUUGUGGGGAUCUGUCCUAUCUUCUACGUAGUGUACUUGUUUCGAUGCCUGCAGAGCUGCCUCUCUAUGACCCCCAAAGACGCCAUCAGAGAUCGUACAAGUAUUUCUCUCGACCUAGCCAUUAUAGCUUUGGUGCCAGCAUCGCCUCGCCCUUCAAGCCAGCCGACUCGCACCUCAGAGUUUAUUCAUGGAUAUCGACAUUUCUCCGACUCCGACAAGGGACACCACCAGACGUGUCCAAUAUUGCUCCCCCGUCAGCUGCGACAAGAUGUGCCCACUCCAAGGGAGCAAGGGUGAGUUUGUCCAUCGCAAAUCCAACAGUACCUCAUCGGGCAACUAUUGCAGGAGCCAGGAUCGCGAACAUGAUGGCAGCCGUUCAAGACGCCAGGAGCAACAAGGAGUACAUCACAAAGCUGACGAUGUACCUCACGCGCAAGGACAACCAUCUCGACAUGAUGAUGAGCAUAUCGGUGCAAUUUUUCAGGAAGCCAGAAGACGUGUCUCCUUGGACGUGCCUUGGCGUUUUGUCAUCGAGUGCAUCUGCGAGUUGCUGGGCCAACUCCAGCCAUCCGCCGCUACGAGCCGAGAGCCUCUGA